AUGAAGCCAGGUGAUUUCACGAUUGAGACAGACGUCGACAGUGGCCUUUCUUACAUGAAGAAGAAAGACUGUCUCACCAAGAACAACAGAGAAGGGCAGGAUGAAGUGUCAAACAGUGGCCGGAUGUAUGAUAUUCCGAAUAGUAAUUCAUGUCCCUUGAGAGCAUUCCAGACUUACGUCAGUAGACUGAACGCAAAGUGCAUCUGGCUCUGGCAAAGACCCAAACAAGCAGCUCCUAAGGAUGGAUCUUGUUGGUACUGCGAUAGCCCACUUGGAGUAAACACCAUCGGAAACAAGCUCAAGUCAAUAUCUCGUAAUGCUGGGUGUAGCCAAGUUUACACGAACCAUUCGCUGCGUGCCACUACAAUCAAUACACUCGACAGUGCUGGUGUCCAAGGUAGGGACAUAUUGUCAAUAAGUGGACACAAGAGCGAGACCAGUCUCCGCCACUAUAGUCGGACAAGCGACGAGAGAAAGAGGGAGAUGAGCGGCAUGCUUGCCAAUCAUCUCUACUCUGGACCUGAUCAGUUUUACACUUCUUCUUCUACUGCUGCUACUUCUUCAACUUCUAGUUCUACUGCUCCUUCUUCAACUUCUUCUGCUCCUUCUUCUUCUACUACUACUAGUAUCAUUAGUUCUACUUCUACAUUCAGCUCUAGCCAAGAAACCGUGGCAUACGGCGGCGAUCCUAGUAUUCCUACAUCUGUCGAAUUCAGUUUUUCACAGAUUCAGCAGCAGAGCAUCCAGAAGGUGUUCCAUUUCCAUGGAUGCAAUGUGAAUAUUUAUAAUAACUGA